GAGCCUUCAAACUUUUAUUGUGAAAAUAUUAUUACGGAAGCGGAUGAAGCUCGUGUGAACUGGGAAGGCAGCUGUCCGAACAGCGACGCUCCGUCGAAGCUUCGGUGUUCUCCGCCGGCAGGUGUACUGCGGCUCGGUCUGUAAACGGAAGCAGAGAGCGUUUCCCCCCGUGGAUAAACAGAGGCGGACAUUCCGCCGGAAUGGCGACUUUCCGGGCAUUUCACUCCCAGCUCCUGUCCAUCAUGGAGGCGCUGACCAAAGCGGCGGUGACGGAGAUCUGCGAGCUGGUGGACGACAGCUACGCCGUGUUGCAGCUGGAGAUCAGCCGCAGCCACAAAGAGAACGAGGCGCUGCGGAUGAAGCUGGAGCUCAUCGAGUCCAUCAUCGCUCGGAAGAACCGAGACGCUGCGAUUUCGGGCGGCAGCCGGGCGGAGGAGGAUGCGGAGGGCAGGCAGAGCGGCGGCAGUCGGCCGGAAUUUAACCUCGCUGGACCCGGCUCCUCCACGCAGCCCAAGCUGUCCACCCUCCCAGGAUGUGGACAGGUUCCGGUUCUGGAGGAGAGUCCUGACAGAAGAGAGGAUCCACUGACAGCUGCUGCAGAGGAGCCAAUCAGCAUGCAGCAGGGUGUUGUUGUCAUCAAGGAAGAUGGAGAGGCGAAGGAGGGAGACACAGUGGCAGGAGAGCUGCUUCUGAGCAGCGAUGGAACAGAGGCUGUACCAUCAGGGGUGGAUGACAGGGAAGCGGGGCCCUCUGGGGUAAAGGUCACAGAUGUCGACUUGCGGCCCUGGGACCAGGAUGGGGAUGGACUGACAAGGCAGGCAUCGCCCCCGGGUCCUGUUGAGGUUGCCGAAGGCAGCUCCACGGAUGUUGGGUUUGAAUUGGAGUCGGAUGGCGAGACGCGGCAGCAGUUUCUGCUCGGCUCACGAAGGAGCCCAGCUUCACUUCCUGGCCCGUCUGAGCAGAACUGUGGAUCGGCCCUCAUUAGCUCCCUCCCAUAUGAUUCUGAGAUGGACCCCAGCUCCUCAUGGACCAAUCAGCGCUCCUCAAACCUUCUGCCUGUCACUCAUAGGUCUUACCUAAAACCAGAUCACCAAGGACCAGCGCUCCUGGGUCUCGGCAGGUCUAGACUCGACCCGCUGGACCUCAACAGGUACUGCAGGGACAGGCGCUUUGUCUGCAGCUACUGCGGGAAGUUCUUCACGUCCUCACGGAGUCUGGAGACACAUGUGCGCGUUCACACCGGCGAGCGCCCUUACAGCUGUGCUCAGUGCGGGAAGCGCUUCACGCAGUCAGGCCACCUGAAGACGCACCAGAGCGUCCACACGGGCGAGCGGCCCUUCGCCUGCGAGCGGUGCGGGAAGAGGUUCGCUGGGAAGCAGAACCUGAGGAUCCACCAGCAGAAACACCAUGCGGCAGAACCGACAGGCCCGCAACAAGUCGGAAUGACGCCUCCUUGUUUGUGGUCCAUUAGAGGUCCAGAGCCGUCGUCUGUUGCUCGUCCGGCGUUUGUUUUAGCUUCACGCGGUUCGGCGGAAGGUUUUUCGGGUGAGUUGGGGUUCUGCUCGCGCGGUGGGAUGUCUGUUUUAAGCAGCAGAGCCCUCCAGGAGCAGCUGGCCGUCAUCAUGGGGGCGCUGACCAAGGCGGCGGUGGCGGAGAUCUGCGAGCUGGUGAACGAAGGCUACGCGGUGCUGCAGAUGGAGAUCAGCCGCAGCCAUAAGGAGAACGAGGACCUGAAGAAAAAGCUGCAGCUCAUCGAGUCCAUCGUGGUCCGCGGGAGCAGCGGGCCGCGUGCGGCUGCGGAAGGAAUGGAACCGGCGCCGUUCGCGGAUAAGGUCCUGCGGCCGGAUGCGUCGCCUCGAGAGCGGGAUGGGUUCAGGGGGGCCGCCGCUGCUGCCUGCGGAGGUCAUGGAGGAGCUGCCGGGGCGGAGCGGGAGCAGCCUGUAACACCGCGGACGGCACACCUGGCUGAACACGCUCACGCGGGACUGCUUCCUGAAGUGGUGUUGAUCAAAGACGAAGACUCUGACAGUAACGACACUGAGGAUGAAGGUGACAGGGCGUCUGCUGAGAGGAGCGCAGCCAGAGGGGGCGCCACGUCGACCGCGAUCAGCAGAAAGAGAAGACGCAGUUGCAGGACAGAGGAUUCAGAAGAGCUGUCGGAUCAGAUGGACGUGAUGUCAUCACCCCCCGCGGCGCAGGCCAAGCUUCCAAUUUACACUCUGGACGGGCCCACCGGCGGGCCGGGCUGCUCCUCUCAGCUGGUGGAGGGCGUCUCCGCGGACGGUGGCGAGUCCGUCUGUUCUUUCUCGUCUCAGAUGUGUUUCAGCAGCAGCACUCUAAUGGAAGCUCAAUCCCCAUCCAGCCGAGCGGAACUGGACCUGAGCGUGGAUUCGGUGUGGUCCAAACAGCCUAAAGGCUCGGUGGCUUUUGGCACGUUUGUCCCGAAUGACAGUGGUGACGCGUUCGGACUGAAGGUAGUCAGCAUCUCUGGCUCCUCCCCCGCAGACGGCCAGCUGUCCGACAGCAGGAGUUCAGUGUUCGAGUGCGACGCCGGCGCUGUGAACUUAGGGCUCUACGGGGACCAGACGGGCCCGCCACAGCUCCUCGCCGGGCAGCCGGGCGCCGGUCUCCACAGGAAGCGCUUCAUCUGCUCCAUGUGCAACAAAACGUACGCCAGCGCGCAGAACCUGGAGGUCCACAUGAGGAUCCACACAGGCGAGCGGCCUUUCUCCUGCAGUCAGUGCGGCAAGAAGUUCACCCAGUCUGCACACCUGAAGUCGCACCAAAACGUUCACACCGGCGAGCGGCCGUACACCUGCAAGCUCUGCUCCAAGAGCUUCAUGAUCAAAUACAGCCUGAAGCUGCACGCGAAGAAGUCCCACCCCAGCAGCUGGACCCCACCCGCCCAAACCGGCCAGACCUCUCUGUCGGCUCUCUGUCGGCCGGCCAGACAGCUGCCUGGCAUAGCGUGCUCCACUGUCGGAGAUCACUAUGCCGCUCCGGCGGCAGACAGCGGCUCUCUCAGCCGCCUGGAAGUCUUCCGGCAGAACGCGUUGCAGGCUCCGUACCACACGGUGAUGCAGCUGGUCGUCGGAGAUGUACACCCCCAGGAAUUUGGUGCAGCUCACCCUUUCCACAGCAGCACCAUUGACGAUCAGUGGAGCGGGCUGGGUGUGGAGAUUGUUGUCUUUGCACCACAGAGCCAGCCUGUUCACCUCACUCCUGUAGGGGGUCUCGUCGUCGUUGUUGUUGAUGAGACCCACCACUGUUGUCUCAUCCGCAAACUUGAUGAAGAGAUUCGAGGCACGCGCUGGUCCGAAAUGUCCCCGCGCGAGUCCUUCCACGCGCAGCUAGCCUCUAUCAUGGAGGUCCUGGCUAACGCGGCGGUGGCGGAGAUCUGCGAGCUCGUGGACGGCGGGUACGCGCUGCUGCAGCUGGAGAUCACGCGGAGCCGCAAAGAGAACGACGCUCUGCGGAGAAAGCUGCGCCUGGCGGAGCUGCGGGCCGCGCGCGCCACCGCGCUCAGAGCAGCCGUUAGUGGCGGCACGCUACUGCAGGCGAGCGCGCCCCCGCGAGUUCACGUGCUCACAAACCAGGAGCCCAGGAGGCGCGUGGCACCGCCAGGAAACAUCUGUACAGAGCCGGCGCCCUCCUGGUUGUCCGGUCAGGGAACGCCGGUCCGCGGAGACCCGAGUCCUCCGUCGACGCGGGAGAGCACGCAGCAGAUGCCCACAGGGGAAUCCGCCGUGGUGAUCAAAGAGGAGGACAAGGAGUCCUGGUCGCCCUCGGAGGCGGAGGAUGGUUUUUGCCGCAUUGUGGAAGUACGGACGCUGAAGGAAAAAGCUCCCGGCCCGUUCAGCAGACAGGAAGCGGCGGACGCCGGCGCCGUCAGCUCCACCUCCUCCUCCACCCAGAACAGCCUGAACUGCAGUCAGAGGCUGGAAGCUGGCGCUUAUGACUGUCUGAUGUUUGAGUCAGAGCGUGGUUCCAUUACCCAGAAUCCCCCGGGUUCUUAUCCUGGCUGCCCGUCUGAAUCGGAGCGCAGUGGGAAUUUCCUCUGCCAACAGCAGAGGGCGCCACCACCUGUAGAAAAGCUUCCUGUGCAGAUGGGGGCGGGUGGAGGUCCGAGCGUGUUCCCGAGGAGGGAAGCGUGGGGGCUCCAGGACAGCGGGGGGAACCAGGACGACGCUGCAGGCCGCGCCUUCAUCUGCAGCCGCUGCGGGAAAAGCCUGGCGUGCCUGAAGAACCUGAAGACCCACAUGCGGGUGCACACGGGCGAGAAGCCGUUCGCCUGCACGCUCUGCGGGAAACGCUUCUCUGACUCCAGCAACCUGAAACGCCACCACAGCGUGCACACCGGCGAGAAGCGCUACAGCUGCACGCACUGCGGCAAACGCUUCGCGCAGUCAGGAUCGCUGAAGGUCCACAUGAGCGUGCACAGCGACUGCAAACAGUUCAAGUGUCUGCACUGCAGCAAGACCUUCAUCUCCAGCACGCACCUGCGGCGCCACAUCAGCCUCCACACCACAGAGAAGCGGCUCGCUGCCGCCACAUCGCCCUGA